AUGAAAGCACAGGUAUCGACAGUCGACGUAUUUACGGAGCGAGAAUUCCAAGACGGACGACAGCCCGAAUUCAUAGACCAGCUAUUCUCAUUCCGCAUCACGUAUGUGUCGUCAGCAUUUGUCUAUUUCCGCCUCAGCGCCCCUACUACCGAUGGUGUAUCUAAUAGCCCUAUUCUGCAAAUCCUGCCCGGUCAUCUCGCUUCGCUGCACCAACAACUUUGCAGAUGGGAUGACAUAAGCUCGUCACACCCUCAAGAUGCGCGCCAGCGACUGGGCGGCGCCAGCGACUUGACUCGUCUACGGUUCCACCUGCGCAGUGGCAUGCAAUCGCAGAUCAUCGUACCGAAAGAUGAUACUGGUUUCAAAACAUUCGGCAGCGCGGCUCGGCGCGUCGUUCAUCUCUUUGACUCGCUCGCUGCCUCUCCAUCAUUCUGCGUAUACUUGCCUCGCCACAAACUAUCAAAGUCUUUGCUCCAGCAAUACGCAGAGGCUGUUGAGCAGUUUCCAAGAUUGGAGGGUGAUGGCCUCCUUGCUUACCAGCGCAAGGUGGAUCCAAAGAGGCUAUACGAAGGGAAAGGUGGCAGGAUUCUCGCCCCCAACGAUUACGAGGAUGGCUCUCGCCCAGACGGGGAACGCAGCAGAUCCAGUACGCCAGUGACGACCGAGUCAAAUGGCUCAACGGUGGCCUUCGAUAUUGUUCCGCGUCGUGAGGGCCCGCCCCCUCAGUAUGGCGAAUGCGUUACGGGGUCACAGAAACCCAGGGCGACCUCAAACGAUGAAGCCGACUCUGUCGAAAGUCCCCACGUUGAUCGUGCACCGCCCGAGUACAGCGUGACCGAACAGCCGUGUAGUGUGCAGAAUGUUUCCAAACGCCCACGACAAUGUGGGAACGAGGACGCUCUUCUGUACCCAUGCUCCAAGAAGAUUUUGUCCACGACGGCUUCGACGAGAAACACUCGGGGUCUAGAUGCAAAGCCGAGACUCGAAUUUGAGGACGCGGACAUUGAUGUUGGCUCGGCGUUCCGUGAAUGGGCGCGUCGGUUUGAAUACUACCAAGAACAACAGAACGAGCAGCUGCGGCACGAGCAGAACAAUCAGCUCAAGAAGGUGCAAGAUGAGCUCGAAAAAUUGCGGAGACGGAAUGCUGAACUUGAAAAACGGCAAUCCGAUAUGGAGAACGACUGUGCGGAAUUGACGCGUCGAUUGGAAGAAGCUGAGGAGGAUAUAGAGAGCAUCCGGGUCGACACCAGCGCACUGGAAGAUGUUGGACGGGAUCAUGAGGAUCGACUGGCCGAGAUCUCGGGCGAAGUGACGGAUUUGUUGAUGGACACGUGGAGCGACAGUCUCAAGGUCCGCAUAGGCGACUCGAUGAAAGAGCACAUGAAUGACUUGGCAGAAGAAUAUCUGGACGAUUUAGUGAAAGAGUAUGUGGACACAGUGCGCGAAGGGAGUCUGGCUGAGUCGUUGAGGGACUGUAUUCGGAAGAAGGUCACCAGCCAGAUGGACAUAUUGAAGGCGCAAGUGUCUGAGGCUUUACAUUAG